UGGGAGGUGUUACUGUGUGUGUGUGUGUGUGUGUGUGUGUGUGUGUGUGUUUGUGUGUGUGUGUGUGUGUGUGUGUGUGUGUGUGUCACACUUUAAGUCCUGCGAGCAUCACCAUGGCGGAGGUGUCGAUCGCUCCGGGGAAGGUGUACGUGGAGGUGGAGUACGACUACGAGUACAAGUCACGUGACCGACUCAUCAGUAUCCGUCAGGGCGAGUGCUUCCUGUUGCUCAAGAAGACCAACGAGGACUGGUGGCAGGUGCGGGCCGAGGACGGGGGCAAGGCCUUCUACGUGCCCGCGCAGUACGUCCGCGAGGCCCGCCGGGCGCUCAUGCCACCCCCCCAGAAACCGCUGCUGCCCCCUGCACCCGUGCCCGCGCCACGCCGACCCUCGUCCCUCAAGGAGCACACGCACGGCCGCAAAGAGCCCCUCAACACACACGUUGGCCACGGCCAGGGCUCCCUCAAAGAGCACUCUCACGCACACACUCACGCGGAGAUGCCUUCGCCAGCGUCCAGCCCCACGUCCGAGAAGGUGCCGCUCAUGCCCCCUAGUGGUGGAGGUGGGGCAGCACAGCAGCAGCAGCCGGUGUGGAAGCACGGCUCCCUGCCCCGAACACGUGCCAGCUCCCCACAGCGCCCCCCGGAGGAGGAGGAGGGGAGAGACAGGGAGAGGGGGAGAGAGAGGGAUGGAGAGAGGGAGAGGGGGAGAGAGAGGGAUGGAGAGAGGGAGAGAGGGAGAGGAGGGGACCGAGAUCACGGAAAGAGCAGAAACGAGUCGUCGUCUGGAGACGAGCUCAGUAGCAGCUCCACCGAGCAUCUACAGGGGAGGGGUUCUGGGAGGGGAGGGAGGCCGGACUCUCCUGUGUACACCAACCUGGCGGAGUUGAAGCUGAGUAGCUCGUCGUGCCCCCCUGUGCCCCGCUCACCGCCACUGCACACGCACGGCGCCUGGGAGACGCACCGGCACGCCAGCGGCCGCCACUACUACUACAACACACACACACAGGAGCGCCGCUGGAAACCACCGCGCACGCGCACCGGCCACCACACACUCGCCACACACUCACCCGGCACAGAGAGCGAGACUCUGUCAUCUGAGGAGGUGUGUCUGAGCACGUACUCUAGCCAAUCAGAUAGCCUGUAUGGCUCUCCGCCUAGAGGUUGGUCAGAGGAACUGGACGAGUACGGACACACCCUCUAUGUGUGUGACUAUACUAAUGAGAAGUGGAUUAAACACACAGAUGAUCAGGGACGGCAGUAUUACUACAGUGCAGAUGGCUCCAGGUCUGAGUGGGAGCUCCCCAAACUCGUGCAGAUAGCUGGGUUAAGCCCCGCCCCCACCCAGGACACACACAAAACGCGCAGUCUGGACCGCCGACAGCCCGAGCCCAUCGUCCUGACCAAGUGGAGACACAGCGCACACGUCCCUGAGAACGAUAAGUUCCAACAGAAGGUGGUGAAAAACCGGCGAAUCCUGUCGCUCCAUCGCAAAGGCUCGUCCCGCCUCCACCCAUAUAAACAAGACGUUGUGAAGCCCAGCACCCCAGACUCCGACUCCUCCUGCCCCUCAUCUCCCACCCAUCCCAGCUCUCCAUCAGAGAAGUGCGGGGUCCUCAAUGUCACCAAAAUCACAGAAAACGGCAAGAAAGUGCGAAAGAACUGGACUUCUUCCUGGACAGUCCUCCAGGGCUCUUCGCUCCUAUUUGCCAAGAGCCAGGGGGGCGGGACUAGCUGGUUUGGGAGUCAUCAGUCCAAGCCUGAGCUCAGUGUGGAUCUGAAGGGAGCAUCUGUGGAAUGGGCUAAAGACAAAUCCAGCAAGAAGCACGUCUUCGAGGUGAAAACUCGUCAGGGCACUGAGCUUCUGAUGCAGUCGGAUAACGAGAGCCUCAUCAACGAAUGGCUACAUGCCAUCACUGAGGCCAUCAACACACACGCAUGGGAGUCGGACGAGGCGAUAGAGGAGGACAUGCCAGAGUCUCCCAGCCCUGAGAAGCACGACCACGACAAGGACCUCCGGGACUCCAAGAAACUCCGAGCAGCAGCAGGAGCAGGCAUGAAGAGCUCAAGCAGCAUGGACGUGUCUGACCACAGGAAGAGGACCAAACUAAAGAAGUUCCUCACGCGCCGACCCACUCUACAAGCGGUCAGAGACAAGGGCUACAUCAAAGACCAGGUGUUUGGUUGCAGUUUGACUAGUCUCUGUCAGAGGGAAAACGGUACGGUUCCACACUUCGUCAGGAUGUGCAUCGACCACGUGGAGAAAAACGGCUUGAGCGUGGAUGGGCUCUACAGGGUGAGUGGAAAUCUAGCAGUGGUCCAGAAACUCCGCUUCGCUAUCAAUCAUGAUGAGCGGGUGGACCUGGAGGAUGGGAAGUGGGAGGACAUCCAUGUCACCACCGGAGCGUUUAAGAUGUUCUUCCGUGAGCUUCCAGAACCUCUCUUCACAUACACACACUUCCAGGAGUUUGUCAACGCCAUCAAAAUCCCAGACUACAGGCAGCGUGUUCAGUCCAUGAAGGAGCUGGUAAAGCAGUUACCCCGGGCCAACCAUGACACCAUGCAGGCUCUCUUCACACACCUCAGGAGAGUGGUGGAGCACGGCGAGGAGAACCGCAUGACGGCCCAGAGUGUGGCCAUCGUGUUCGGCCCGACGCUGCUGCGCCCAGAGACCGAGUCCUGGAACAUGGCGGUCCACAUGGUCUACCAGAACCAGAUCGUGGAGCUCGUCCUUCUGGAGCUUGACACCAUCUUCUCCAGGUAGCCAAUCACAGCUCAGGACUGCUGCGUCAGACACGCCAUCAUCGGGAGGUUGGGGUUUGGAGAGAUGCACCAACCAAUCAGAAGAAGGGGAAAUGCCCCCUCAGAUGCCAAACCCUGCCUUUAAGAGACUCCGGGUCUGCCUCCUGGAGGGGGAGGCUCACUGUUGAACAAAGGGUGUACACACACACACUCCUUAGUGCAUACACCUCUUAAUAUACAUAGAAAUAUAUUAACACAUCACACUCUGAAAUUAACAUUAGUCUUAAACCCUCCCCUGCUUGUGAUAUUCUUCAAUACUGAACUUUCCCAACUGGAGAUGUUGCUAUGGACACUACCUGAACAUUCCCAACUGGAGAUGUUGCUAUGGACACCACUGGAGAUGUUGCUAUGGACACUACCUGAACAUUCCCAACUGGAGAUGUUGCUAUGGACACCACUGGAGAUGUUGCUAUGGACACUAUUGAACAUUCCCAACUGGAGAUGUUGCUAUGGACACUACUGAACAUUCCCAACUGGAGAUGUUGCUAUGGACACUCCUGAAAACACUAGAAUAAAACACUAUGGACACUACUAACAACGUCCAGACUACUGAACCUCUGAGCUCAACUGGAGAUGCGUCUGUGAAUUACAGUACUGAACAACCUCCAGACAGCGCUGUAAAAUGUGUGCAGGAAUUUCUCGCAUUAUGAUGGCUAGAGCUGGGGGUCUUGAAUAAAUCAUGCGCUAUGUCUUAGACACUACUGAACAACCCCAACUGGACUCUUAGACACUACUGAACAACCCCAACUGGACUCUGUCUUAGACACUACUGAACAACCCCAACUGGACUCUGUCUUAGACACUACUGAACAACCCCAACUGGACUCUUAGACACUACUGAACAAGUCUGAACAACCCCAACUGGACUCUUAGACACUACUGAACAAGUCUGAACAACCCCAACUGGACUCUUAGACACUACUGAACAAGUCUGAACAACCCCAACUGGACUCUUAGACACUACUGAACAACCCCAACUGGACUCUAUGUCUUAAACACUACUGAACAACCCCAACUGGACUUGUUUCUGUGAACUCUAAUGAACAUGGCUGUUGGAAAGUCAGUUGUCUGCAUUCCCUUGGGAUAUUCCUUUUACCUUAAGAAUAUGCUCAAGCUUUAAUAGAGUUCAUUCUGAACGCAAGCGUAGUGCUGCUGAACACCGGACAGUGGUAGAACUCAACCUAAGAGGUUUAAGGUUCACACUACCGAACAUGAUUGAAUACGCCAAAUUGGAGACUUUUCAAAGGACACCACUGAACUUGCCCGUCUGGUGAUGUUGGUGUUGACACCACUGAAUGAAGCCAAUAGGACAUUUCUCCAUAUAUAUAUAUAUAUAUAUAUAUAUAUAUAUACACACACACAUAUUUUUUAACAGUACACAGCUUUGGGGCCAUUGCAGGUACUUGCUGAGUAUUCCUCUCAAUUGGAUGUAUUUGCACACAUACUACUGAACUGAACUCACCCUGCACUACACACGAACGUGCUUCCCGAACGUGCUCAAAUGGACUUACUUAUCACUCCAGUCCCGAACACACCCAACGCAGCUGCCAUGGUGAAGUCUCCUCAUCAGGGGACUGUCCAGGGGCAACGGAAGCCGCUCGAACACACCCAGAUGUUGGUGUGGCACCCGUGCAGGGCAGGUCCGCUCGAACACACCCAGAUGUUGGUGUGAAAACAGGACUUUUUGGUCUGUUUUUUUUUUUUUACACGGAUCAGAACAGAGUGUACAGCCAGAUCCAUCUGGACUGGGUAGAGUAUUACACUACGCUAAUGAGCUAUGAACACACACACACACACACAUACACACAGACAUGGAACACAGAUACAGAACAAAGACUAUUACACACACACCCUAAAUAUAUGGCCGUGUACACACACAGACACACACACACACACACACACACACACACGUGCAUUUGAACAGUCAUUUGUGGCUCCUGGGGCUGUGUGUGUGUGUGUGUGUGUGUGUACAAGGGAGGCAGGAGUAGUUGGAGUGAAGGUAGGACUGUGUGUAUAUGUGUGUGCGUGUGUGUGUUUAGAACACUAAAAAGGUGUACAUAAACAGGGGAGAGCUGUAAUUGAGAGAUAGUAUGUAUGUUUGUGUGAGUGUGUGUGUGUGGCCAGCUGUAGUAUAUUAACAGGUAUAGAGUAGACUGACUAAUGCAGUAGAACGCUGAGCUUUGGAGUCUAGUGACCAGAACAGAACCAGCUGACCCAGGAGGUUUGGAGUCUAUAGUGACCAGAACCAGCUGAAAGUGACUCACUGCAGAACCUGUGUUUCUCUUGCAAAUAAACUACUCUAAACCAU